GUUUUUACACUUUAAAAAGAUGAAAAAGUAUAGCUUAAUAAUAUAUUAUACUGAACUAAUAAGUUGUACAGUUAAUAUAAAUAUACAUCGACUCCUGUAGAAGUACUACUUCAUUUGUCUCGAACCGUCAGGUUAUGAAACGCAUCGAGAUGAGGCGAUCUGACUUGACACAUGGCAGCAUAUCGUGCUAUCCCAUUAUUGCACUUACGUGUGUGGCAAUAGGGUCGCGCGCGAACAUAAUAAUCAUAAUAACUCUAGAUACCCACUUGCCUCUAUUUAUCUAAAAUUUACAGGUGAAGAUAUCUCCGAAUGUACUGGUUGCGUCAGACAAGGAUUAUACAUCGAACACCAAGAAGAUAGGCAUAACGGAGCUUGAAGAGGAGGCCAGAAAACUCCAUGCUCGAGACAAGAUGGGCUUGGUCGACGAUGGGAAAUCAAAGACGCCGCUAGUCGAUAGCAUCAUAGACAAAUUGCUAUUAUGAAUAGACAAGUUCACUUUUCUUGUCUUAUUCUUUUGGGGGACUGUCUUUUCUAAGGAAAUGGAAGAAAGUUCAAGGCUUCGAAUUUUUGGUUAUAUUAAGGAUAGUAUAUAAGUAAUAAAUUGGUUCACACUUCUACUUUGGUGCACGACGCUCACAUCUGUUCUUGUAUGAUGUAUCGCAAUCCAUCGUCUCACGCGCUCCUCGUCUUCUCUAAGGUCCCAACCAACAUCCUGGAAACCGCCGCCAGAAGGGACGUUUGCGAUCAGUGCGAAAGAGUGUCUCCAGCUCUGCGAACAGGUGUUUGCAAUAAUGAAGGAGGAAAGCAUGUUGUUGCAUUAAGGACACAGCUACUGUAACUAAUUGUAAUCUUCAUCUUGCUUCUCAGGAACAUCUUUUUUUUUCUCUAAUGUUGGCUCAAAUCGCCAAUAAAAGUUUACGGUAAUCUUGCUUCUCAGGAACUGUAAUGGUAAUCUUGCUUCUCAGGAACUGUAAUGGUAAUCUUGCUUCUCAGGAACUCAUAUCUUCAGUACUAACUCGUGUUGUUGAUGUGGUAUACAGAGUGAUUCGUAUCAGCAUUACUAGAGUUGUAGAUCCAUUAGUCUCAGAGGAGGAUCUUUUACGGGGCCGCUUUCUCUAAUGUUGGCUCAAAUCGCCAAUAAAAGUUUACGGCGAUAUCCACGGUCAAUUUGCGGACUUGAUGAGGCUUUUUGCAAGAUAUAAGGGCCCUAUGGAAGGAGAGUUCGGGGACAUAGAGGCAGUGGACUACCUUUUUCUAGGCGAUUUUUGCGAUCGUGGAAACUACUCCCUCGAAGUGGUCGUGCUGCUCUUUGCGUUGAAUUACGGCUUGGUUGGUUGCUCUCCAACCUUUUCAGAAGUAAGUACCUACUCAUUAUACUUAUUAAAUGGUUGGACCGACAACCAUUUAAUAAGUACUUAAGUACUUCGUUUCGCAUUGCGGAUUCUUGAGGCAUGUGGAACACAAUUCUAUCUGAGUUUUUCAUCCGAGUGCGUUCAAUGCGUUAAUGCUUCUGGUAUCCUGUCUGAUCUGCCUGUAGUUUCCGGGCAGUUGUUCAUCUUUGUAGUUUUCAAGGGAGUAGUUGUUCAUCUUUGUAGUUGUCAAGGGAGUAGUUGUUCAUCUUCGUAGUUUCAAGGCAGUAGUUGUUCAUAUUUGUAGUUUUCAAGGCAGUAGUUGUUCAUAUUUGUAGUUUUCAAGGCAGUAGUUGUUUAUCUUUGUUGUGCCCUAAUCAAGAUGGAGCGUCAUCAACGUAGAAGACCUUUUCUCUUCUAAUCCAAAGUAAAGUAUCCGAACCAAAUCCACAUGAUUCGGGGAAAUCAUGAAGAUGUGACAAUAAAUCACAUCUAUGGGUUUAAAACGGAAUGCCAGACAAGACUGAAAGAGGAUCCAGAUAUUAUGGCUAUAGUCUUGUUUUCAUUUUCAUCCUUCGGGUUAGCGCCGCAGUACACAACAGCAGCAAAAAUCACACGCCAGCUAGGUUUUCCUUUUUGCGCCACUUGCGGUCCUGAUGAUGUCAAAACCUUUUUUAUCGUCCUGUUCGUCAUUGGACAUCAUCCCGAUUUGCACCAUGACCACUUUCCUCUGGAUUCCCAUUACCUUCUAAUGCCCGCGACAAGAGUUGUUGGCAGAAGUUCAAUGCAGUUUUCGAGUGGUUGCCGAUGGGGGCUUUGAUAGAGAAGAAGAUCCUCUGUAUUCACGGUGGCAUUGGGAAGAGUAUACAUACGAUGAAAGACAUCGAGUCAAUAGGACGACCUUUGAAGGUGGCACAGAUUCCUCAGGUACUUGUGAAGUUGAAUGUGAAUGGUAGAGGACAAUGAAUCACGGAUUUAUUUCUCUUUUUUUUUGUGUAGAAUCAAACGCAACCCCACUGAAUUUUCCUGUAAAAUACGUAAAGUUGCUGCAACAACUAGGUAAGCACUUACUUCUUGCACAUACAAACAAGUAAAUCUAUAAGAAACCUUCCGACCACAACAUCGAACCACCACAACUACAACAUUCCCACCACAGAGCGCUCAAGAGCAGAAAGUCACCGACCUCCUUUGGUCAGACCCUUCUGACAGUGAUGCUGUCAAGGGCGUGACGAUGAACGAGACGAGGGAUCCGGACGGCUCGGGCAAAAUAUGGAAAUUCGGUCCAGAUCGAGUGACGGAAUUUUUUAAGGCGGUGAGUGGGUGUGAAGGAUGCUUUCUUGUUUUUGGAAUAAAAGUAUAAAUUUUUCUGCACGAACGCUGUGAAAUAAGGUGUUUUUGUUAGCCUUUUAGUGUGGGAAGCAAAGAGGCAGGCGACGAAGCGCGGGAGCGUAUAACCCCUUGGGUUUUUUGUUCAACUUUUAACAAUCGCAUCCCGAUAUCCUACCUUUCCCUUUAUUUUCGGUCAUCUGUUUUCGGUUCUUUGUUGAGGAGAUAAACAAAAGGAACAAGGAAGGAAAAACAAAGAUUUAAAGGAAGAAGAAAGGCAUGAAUCUCUACUGCGAUAUAUGCUUUUAUCUUGCACGAACGCUGUGAAAUAAGGUAAGUGCAAGAUCGAGAAAUUGUACAGCGUGCACUACCCAUGGGUUAAGAGAACGACCAAAAAAUGACUUCUAGACUUCACUCCACUCCUACUCCCACUACUCCUACUGUUCAUCUACUCUUCUAACACACGCAACAAAAACCCGCCAUGUAGUUUAAUCGUUCGAGCGCAUGAAUGCGUGAUGGACGGAUUCGAAAGAUUUGCGGGUGGCAAAUUAAUAACCCUAUUUUCUGCUACCGACUACUGUGGCCACCACAAGAAUGCGGGAGCGCUAUUGUAUGUGCGGAGAGACAUGAUUAAGGCUGUCGUCUACCAUUUUGAACUUCCAUCUGUAGUGGUUGCAUCUUAUACUUCGAGAAAUAUUCGACGUGAAUGUUUCUGAAGAGCAAGAGAUGAAGAUCAAAGAUGAAAAUACUGAAUAGCCCUAAGUUGACGAUCGUGCCGAAAUUGAUUUACCCUUCGGACGCAAAGAAUUCACCAGUCGAGAGAGCAUGGGAUGCGACAGUCACGAUGAAUCGACCGCCUACACCACCUCGAAACGUACCAAGAGCUCGCGGAGGAGGCGGCGGAGGCGGAGAUUGGUGAGAUGGAUGACUACUUAUAAUUCUGCAGUACUUCUUCUUCAGGCUCGGAUAUGAAUGACCAGUGAACGGGAUUGAUCGAGCUUCUGCUCACAGUUAGUUUGAUGAGAAAUCGACUCCUUACAAUUUAUCUUGAUUUGGAUACGUUUAUGACAUAAAUCGCGUAAGACGGGAAAAGACCUUAAGGUGUUAGUUUCGUUGUUUUCCUUGGCGUGUGUUGUAAAGAUCAUUCGCGCGACAGUUUUUGUGUCAGACUCUGGAAAUUUCUCGUUGUUACAGUUUUGAAAUUGAAUUCCCACACUCACGCUCACCCGGUGCUAGCAAGUGCGGAGUGUUUCUGCGUUGCGAUUUUGCUAAAAAAUUUCACUUGAAUCUAUUCUUUAAUUAUAUAUCGUGCUAACAGAAAUAUGUUGAUAUUGGGAGUUGGUGAUGUCUGUUACACUUAUUACAGUGGGAGUUGGGAGAAAUUGAUAGUCAGGCGGGGUGAACCCCCGCAUGACGAUGUACAUGUUCUUUUUUGCUUCUGAAGACGUUAUUCGGGUUCGAAGAAAUGAAAGUAUCGAUCAACUGCACUGCGGAGUUAGUGGACUCUCGUCUUUCUGUGUGUUCUUGAUGAUGGGAGCCAGAGCUACGCUCUUCU